AAGAAGAAAACAGCGCGACCAAUGGAGCUGCGGUGGAGAAGAGUAGCGGUCAGCCUCAGAGCCUCUUUCAUGGCAUAAAACAGCACUUUUCUCCAGGACAGGCAUUCGCGGAUUAUGCAGAGAUGAAGCGUGUCCGGACGGAGCAGAUCCAGUAUGCGGUGACGCAGUACCUGAAGAGGAGACAGUAUAUUGACACUGAUGGAUCAAUGAAAGGAGCAAAACUCUCACAAACCGCUGAGGAGAUGGCGGCCAGUCUGACAGUUCAGACGGAGUCGAGUUGUGCCAAUGUGGUGUCCGCGGCCCCGUGUCAGGCGGACCCUCAGCAGUACGAAAACCAGUACUCCAGGCUACGCUCCUUCCUGCAGGAGGCUGAAGGGCCUCUGGUAAAGGAGGCGAGCAGCGUCUUGUUCCCGCUCUUCCUCUACCUGCACCUGCACAUGGCCCGAUGUGGCCUGAAGGGGGCGCUGGACUCGUUCUACAGCCGCUUUCACUCGCUCUUCCAGCAGGACCCUGAACAGAAGGCCAUCGUGGACCUGCUGCGAGGAGCCCUCACUCUACAGGAUGUGACCACAAAUCCUAAACUGUGCGCCCUGCUGGACCACAAGUAUGUUGUAUACCUGACAGAUCAAGCGUACAGUUACCUGCUGCGCUACCUGCAGAGUGAAGACAACAGCGCCAUCUGCUGGGUGCUCACCGCACAUCUGCAGGUGGAGGUGACGGCAGCGCAGAGAACCGACUAUCAGCUGUACGGUGCAGGGGUCGGCACAGGAAACACCAGCUCUUCUUCUUCCUCCACAUGGGCAUCAGUGGACGGUUCAGAAGGAGCGGAGCGGCUGGAGGUGCCCGCAGGUUUACCGCAGAACGAGGCGGCGCUGGAAAAUCUGCAGGACUGUAUAAAGCGUGUGCGUGAGGGCCCGCCGUCGCUCACCACCGUCUGCUUCUACGCCUUCCAGCACACGGAGCAGCUGCUGAACACUGCUGAGGUGUCGGCAGACAGUCGCCUGCUGGCGGCCGGCUUCGAUAACUCUGCAGUGAAGCUCUGGAGUCUGAGGGCCCGCAAGCUGAAGGCAGGACCACACAGAGCCGACGUGUCCAAGAUCAGACUGGCCUGUGACGUGCUGGAGGAGGAGGCGGAUGACGAGGACGCCUCAGGCAGUGAGAUAAAGACUCUUCGUGGACACAGUGGUCCUGUGUACCGCACAGCCUUCCUGACGGAUGCCUCUGGCCUGCUGUCCUGCUCGGAGGACUCCACAGUUCGCUACUGGGACCUCAAGAGUUUCACAAACACCGUCCUGUACCGCGGUCAUGCUUACCCUGUAUGGGAUGUAGACGUGAGUCCCUGCAGCCUGUAUUUCUCCACAGCAUCCCACGACCGCACCGCUCGCCUGUGGAGCUUCGCGCGCACGUAUCCGCUCCGUCUGUACGCCGGCCACCUCUCGGACGUCGACUGUGUUAAGUUCCACCCAAACUCUAAUUAUAUUGCGACGGGUUCGACUGAUAAAACUGUACGCCUGUGGAGCACCCAGCAGGGGGCGUCUGUAAGGCUGUUCACUGGGCACCGCGGACCCGUCCUGACGCUCGCUUUUUCACCAAACGGAAAGUAUUUAGCAUCUGCCGGAGAGGAUCAAAGGUUGAAACUGUGGGAUCUGGCAUCUGGGGGCUUGUUUAAGGAUCUGCGUGGACACACCGACACCAUCAGCAGCCUCUCCUUUAGCCAGGACAGCAGUUUAGUGGCGUCUGCGUCUAUGGACAACACUGUGCGUGUGUGGGACAUUCGCAAUGCUCAUGGCUCCGCCCCCACCGACGGCUGCAGCAGCGAGCUGAUUGGACAGUACACCGGCAGCACUAGUAACAUUCUCAAUGUGCAGUUCAUGGCCUGUAACCUGCUGCUGGUGACGGGAACAGCCAUGGAGAAGCAGGAGCAGUGAGCAGGAACUCUCCUCUAGGUCAUAUUUCACAUCAAAAUUACAAAUAUGUUUACUUCACCUAAAUGAAAAUAUGCCAUUAAAGUCAUGAUCAC